UAUUGAAUGUUUCAGUGAUGACCUGUGAACCUCCGAUGAAUCCGACCAUCGGCAGCUUCCGUCCGGUCAAAGACGCGUAUGAAUACAGAGAGGUGAUCCAGUUCUCCUGUCCUGCACCUCUCACCCUGAACGGAUCGAAGACUCUGUCCUGCUCAGAGACCGGGGUCUUUCAGCCGGCCGCCCCGGAGUGUGUCAAGGUUGAAUGUAAGGAGCCAGUUGUUGAGUUCGGUCGUUGGGAGUCUGGGUCGCGGGGCCCCUACACUUACAAGGCUACCGUCACGUUCAAGUGCAACGAGGGGUACAGGAUGACAAAUUCUCCCACCAUAAUCUGUGGGAUCAACGAACAGUGGGAGCCUGAACUCCCAAAAUGUGAAGGUGAGUCUCAAAGAAAAUCCUCAGAGAUAUUAAACCUGUGGAGUUUCAAUUAG